AUGUACCUCUCCAAGCUCGGAAACGCUCGGACACGCUCGGACUUCAUAUCGUUCGAGGUCGCUCUUCACAUAACGCAACUUGGCGACCACAUCCAAGAACUCCAUAUCUCCGGACGCAAGCUCGCCAUCACGAAAUACUCUCAUCGGGACUACAGCUCUCCUCUUAAGGCGACGGAGAUUGGCAACAUCGUCCCGUAUCUCCACCAAUUACGCUCCCUUCAACUCAUCGACAUACGCCUGACCAGUACCGGGUUCCCGCAGUUCGAUCCACACGAGAUGCAAUCCCGGCCCACGUUGGAUAAGCUCGUCAUCGACACAUACCUAGACCGGCAGGAGAUCCACGGAAUGAUGCCCCGCUCGACGCUCAUCUCCAUGCACGCCACUCCAGAACCCCGCACGACCCUCCGGCGCGUGCUCGCGUUCCCCGCGAUGUUCCCCGCGCUCCGCCACCUCGCCCUUGCGCUCGCGUGUGCUCCAGGCGCGCUCGGCGCGCUGGAGAGGGUGACGGUCCAGCUCGCCGGCGCGAGGACGUACUGGGCUGAGGACGGCAAGGAGAUAACGGAGGCGUGGGCGCGUGUGGACGAGGCGCUCGCUUGGGCACGAGGCCUGCGCGCGGUCGUCGUUGACGUCGGCGCGGACUAG